AUUAAUCAUUCACCAGCCGGGGAGCAGCGAUUGCUGCCGCUCGGAGCGAGCGGGGCCGGCGGCCGCCUCCGUCCGUCCCCAUGCCAGCGCCCCGGGGCAGCGGCGCCGGGAGCCCCGCCGGGAUGCUGCGCCCGGCGAGCGGCGGGAGCCUGCGGCUCUGAGCCGGGAGCGGGGAGGUCCGGGCAGAGGAUGCUCCCCAAUGGCACCUGCACCAGGCUCCCGGGCGGUGCAGGCAGCGACAGCGGCGGCAGCGACAGCGGCGGUGGAGGAGCCGGCGGCGCCUUGGAGGAGGCGGCGGCGGGGGGCAUGGACUCGGGCGGCAGGAACUCCUCUGGCGCCCCGAACAGCACCCUGAGCGAGUCUCAGGGCAGCGCCAUCCUCAUCUCAUUCAUCUACUCCGUGGUGUGCCUGGUGGGGCUGUGCGGCAACUCCAUGGUCAUCUACGUGAUCCUGCGCUAUGCCAAGAUGAAGACGGCCACCAACAUCUACAUCCUCAACUUGGCCAUCGCGGACGAGCUGCUGAUGCUCAGCGUCCCCUUCCUGGUCACCUCCACCCUGCUGCACCACUGGCCCUUUGGCUCGCUGCUCUGCCGCCUGGUGCUCAGCGUGGACGCCAUCAACAUGUUCACCAGCAUCUACUGCCUGACUGUGCUCAGCGUGGACCGCUACAUUGCUGUGGUGCACCCCAUCAAGGCGGCGAGGUACCGCCGGCCCACUGUGGCUAAGAUGGUCAAUUUGGGCGUCUGGGUGCUUUCCAUCCUCAUUAUCCUACCCAUCAUCAUCUUCUCCAACACAGCAGCCAACAGUGAUGGAACGGUGGCUUGCAACAUGCUCAUGCCAGAGCCCACCCAGAGGUGGCUGGUGGUCUUUGUGGUCUACACCUUUCUGAUGGGCUUCUUGCUGCCUGUGGUGGCCAUCUGCCUCUGCUACAUCCUCAUCAUUGCCAAGAUGCGCAUGGUGGCCCUGAAGGCCGGCUGGCAGCAGCGCAAACGCUCAGAGCGCAAGAUCACUCUCAUGGUCAUGAUGGUGGUGAUGGUCUUCGUCAUCUGCUGGAUGCCCUUCUACAUCGUGCAGCUGGUCAAUGUCUUUGUAGAGCAGGAUGAUGCCACCAUUAGCCAGCUCUCCGUCAUCUUGGGCUACGCCAACAGCUGUGCCAACCCUAUCCUCUAUGGCUUUCUCUCGGACAAUUUCAAGCGGUCCUUCCAGCGGCUGCUCUGCCUCAGUUGGAUGGACAAUGCUGCAGAGGAACCCAUCGACUACUAUGCCACUGCCCUCAAGAGCAGGGCAUACAGCGUGGAGGACUUUCCCCCAGACAACUUGGAGUCAGGGAGCAUGUACAGGAACGGCACUUGCACCUCCAGGAUUACCACUCUUUGAGGAAGCAUUUCUGCCCCACCACCCCCCCACUGCCCCCAGCAGGCGGGUGAGCGAGGCCAGGGCUGUGGCACGGGGAGGCCGGGAGGGAAGGGGUUUUGGUCCAGCCCACCGACAGCAGUGUUUGGCACAAGAGGGAGCAAAGAAAACCCCAUGUCCUCGGUGUGCUGCCCCAUCCCCCCUGCCUGUCUCCCAUGAGAGUGGGUGCAUUUGCUGAUGCUUUGACACCCCUUAGUAAACUGCCGCACUCGGCUUAGGCUCUGGCAGCCAGGCUCUGCCACCUCUCUCUGUGUUUGACGAGCGGCUGUGCAGGUCCCACAGCAACUGUCCCCUUUUGUACAGGUCCCCCUCCUCCUUCCCCUCAGCUGGUGGGACCCCCCUGCCACUGAGCAGAGCUUGCACCAGUCAAGUCCCAGCAGUCUGGCUCAGAUCCCCCCUGAACAACAGCAACCCUGCUCAGCAUCUACAGGUACGCACCUGCCCUUCAGAGAGCAGAAACACUGAGAAAAGUCUCCCCAGUGCACACCUGGCCCUGUUAGCAGCCUCUCUCUGCCUUCCCAGAGGGAAAAACAAUAAAAGAGGGGAGAAAAAGGCCCCAAGAAAAGGAGCAGCAUAAUCACGGAGCUGUCUUCUGCUUUGCAGACAGCUCCCACCUCCCUGGGGCUUGGGCUCUCUGUGCUGCUCUCAGAGGAAGCAGAACAGAAAAAGUCUUCAGAAGGAAAGCUGCUUCUUGCUGUGCUUCAGAGCUGCACAGCCGGCUGCUGAUAACAGGAGAUAAGUGGUCCCAUGACCCUCGGGGAGCGGAGCACUGAGUUGGGGGCAGGAGGGAGCCUUGAGCCGGAGGAUGUGUGAGUGUGUCCAUACAUCCAAUAAAGUGUGCAAAUAAAAAAGCUUAAGGGGAGCACUAGACUGUGAAGUUAUUGUCUUGUACCUGCUCCAUUAGCCAUGAAAUGGCAAUGAAGGGAGCUGAGACAGUUCUGAAUGACCUGGGUGGCUUCAAAGUCACUUUAGCCUACAUGGAAAAAAAGGGGAAUUAAUUCAAAAUCUCCAUCAGGCUCUUAAAUUAAUACUUGACAGAAAAGUAGCUGUUUGACAAUAGCUAUUACCCUAGCUUCUGUUUCUUUUGUUGCACUAAAAGAAAGAUAAAAUGUGUUUAUCAUAUGUUGCCAAUGUAAUAUACUGGCCCGGAACUUCAUAAUGUUUCAUUUCUCUGAAAUGUUGUUUUUAAUGUGUGCCAGAUGUCUUUUUAUUUGAUUUUUUUUUUUAUUUGAUUCUUGUCACUGUGUUGUGAACGUGUUUCUCUGAAGCAAUUUAUACUGUGUACUUAUAUCUGUGGUGGCUACCUGCAAGAGUGCAUUUAAAAUGGGUGAUGCUCAAGAAGGCUCCUUUUCAGAAAAAAAGGUUGUAACUUUUUCUAAUAUGCUCAUCUACACUGUCUCCCCCAGAAAAAAAAAAAAAAAAUCUCUUGAAUUUUCCCUCUUUCUCUCUUAUGAAGUAACAUUUUUCAUAUGUGUGAAUGAAGAUUUCUUAUUUGAUAAAUUACAGCUGAUUAAACAAAACCUUUUCUCCCUGCUCCCCUUAUCCCAGAUGCAAGAAACAAUACAAAGUGUAUUAAAACAAGCAGAUAAUGUUGUUUUUGUUUUGUUUUGCUUUGUUUUGUUUUCUACCACCUGUAUUGACAAUGUCACAGAGUGGCAGGUGUCCUGGUAGUUGUGACAAAUCACUUCUCAAGCACAAUACUGUGGUAGUAUUAAUUAUAGCUACUGACAGUCUGAAGCAAAAGACUGGAAAAAAUCUCCGGUAGCAACACACCCGUAGCCCUGCACUGGGAGCUACAGUGCUAAAGAAGUGCACGCAGUGUUAAGUGUAAGACUGGCUGUAGAGGCAUCUAGCACUCAGAGCAGUGGACUUACUGCAAGUUCUUGUCAAAUUGUACCCUUCAACUUUUCUCAGCAGCAAAAAGCAGGAGACUACUUUGUACAUUUCUCUCACUAAAAAUUAGAUACUGUUAAAUGAAUGUAUAAAUUUAGUAUUUCAAAGUUGUCUGAUUCAAAGCCCAUCGAAAUGAGAUAAAAGAUCCUAGUUCACUUCAAUGGACUGUGAGUCAGCUCCUUUUAGGUUAAAAAUUGCUAAUGUGGAAGCUGUUACAUCCUUAUUAAAAUAUUUUGUGAAAAGCUUUAACAAUUGUAGUUUCUUUUCUUUUACUUCUCAGUGGACCUCAUUUAAAGAAAACAUGCAAAUAUGAGUUUUGCUGAUGAUUUCCAUGCACAUAUGGGGGGAAAAAAGGACUAAAUCUCUCUAUAAGCUUAUUUAACUUUUCACAGAAACCAAACAUCUGUCAAAACAGUCAAAUGUCCCAUGAUACCACACGGUGCUAUUUGUAGAGCUUCACUUAAAAUCUCACUCACAAUCUCUUUAAAAUGGUAUAAAUCUCUCUCUCUCUCUCUCAUCUAGGCAUACUGUUAUGUAUGGUUCGACUAAAUAAAGAAUUUGUCUACUUUC